AUGUCUCAAUAUUUAUUCAUUUUUAUAGUUUUUGCUAUCUCACCCACACAGGCUUUCUUCUUUGGAAACUCCGGAUGUGGAUGUGGUGCUCCACCAGCAUGUCCCCCACCACCUCCACCUCCAGUCUGUCCAGCAGCUCCAUCUUGUGGAGGUUCUGAUACACCACAGCUUCCUCCUCUCAAUAUAAAUGAAGUUCAGCCCGUCUAUGCUCAAGCUCAAGCUAUCCCUCCUGUUGUUCAACAGAAUUAUGUAAAUGCUGGACAACCUUUAGACGGACAGAUAGCUCAAGAAAUUCAAAUUGCUGAAGCUGAAGCAGCCAAAGGACGAGUAAAACGUGAUGAGGGUGAGCCAUCAUUCGAUCCAAAGUGCAACUCUGAGAUUCUGCGUGACAUCAUUCUAAAGAACAUCCAUGCGUCCACUUCGACCGCUAAACGACAAAUCCAAGCUGCAGCAGCUGAGGAGAUAGGAGGAAGAGUUGACGCCAUUUGCUCAACAGGAACUUUCUCUUACAUCGUCAAUACUGAAGUAUAUUGUGAAACGGAGAAGAAUGGAGUCACUUGUUUUGUAUUCAAACAAUCGGAAUGA